UAAUACCCUGAUCGCUCUCUUCAUCGGCGCAGACGUCAAGGUCGUAGAAGCCAUGCCAUGUCGUUGCUCAACGCUGGCCUCAAAUUGGCAAUGUAAGUUCCGUGGCCCUCUGUUGAUGAGGUACAAUUACGCGUCUAGACUACUACUAAUCCGUCUGAUCUGUCCUUGUUGGCUGACUCAAUCUACUCUUAGCUCAUCGUUGAACCUGCUGGAUAUCUACAAGGCUCUAGUGGCAACGGGUAGUGCCAUUGUACCCUUUUCGGACCUAGGUCAGAGUGAAAGCGUCGUGAACAAGAUCGUACGUGAUGGCCUCGGUACGCCCGUCAAGGCCCCGCACACCAAGUUCAGAGUGGGCAGCGCCUACAGGAGGGAGCAAUUGAAGAGGGCAUUGGGCCUGGCUGUCGUUUGGACCGUCUACCAGACCAUCGAGCCGAUCGCAGACUCCGUUGCGUCAUUUGUUAUUCCCUUCUACGGCAGUCUCAAAACUUUAUUCCUACUUUGGAUCUUCCUUGGCAGAGCCUCGGCAUCUACUCGCCUGAUGCAAUCCUUCAUACAGCCCGUGCUUCGACCGUAUGAGAGCACCAUCGAUGCGCUCUUCGCCGUAUGUCUCUCUUUCUUCUUCAACGUGGUCUUCUUGUCCUCUCUGCCAAUAGCUCACAUGCUCAUAUGGCUCAAGAAGGGUCCGCUUCGGCUACUGAGAAACAUUGACUGGAGAUGGCCGUGGCUGGAGGGGAAUACAAGUGGUGUUGUGAAACACGAAAGGACAGCUGGGCCAGUGCCGAGAGCAGUGGUCGCCCAGCGCGUCCCGCCUCCUACUUCAAGGAAGGCCAGUCGUCAGUCACCAAUCGUGCGGAAUAGACAAAGUGACGACUCUGGUGGCAGCGACGGAGGCCAGACCACUGAAUCAGUGAAGGCUCAUCGGCUUACGGGCCCUGCCCGUCGGCCUACAGCCGAGACUGGCGCCUCGCAAACGAAGGGACGCUCAGCGAGCGGCAGUGCCCCAAUAUCGUCUCUCCCGAAAUCAAGGGUAGUCAGCGGGCCGGCUGCUGCUGGUCAUUCUGCAGCAGCAGUCCGAUCAAAUUCGGGGCCCUCUACAACAUUGCCGCAAUCGAAGACAAUGAACUUCACUGCGCCGACAAGCCGCCAAACGGAGUCACUUGCUCUAGCGAAGAAAAGUGAAAUAUUGAACAGACUUCCUGCGGUCCCCCAAGGCUUUUCUCAGGGUGUCGAUGGGGGCUUUGCCUUCAUCCCUCCUGCUACUCCGCCAGCUCGCCAGCAGAACCCCUCCUUGCGGCCUCACUUGGACGCCCCCAUCACAGCAGCACACUUGUUCUCGCCCGUGUUUCCUGGCAGCUUUGCUCCUAAACCUGAGGCGGCGACGCCCUUGAGGAUGCCGGAAGAUGCGAAGAGCUCGAGCAAGCCCGUAGCUUCCGCCACAUCCACACCGAAGAGAAAGGUCAAGAGUAGUACAGCCGCAAGAUUAAGCGCAAAGCCCAUCAGCAAUAAGUCAGCUGACAGUAAGAUCAAGGCGGACAGAAGGAGGCGACAAGCUUCAACGCCCGUAGAGCAUCGAGAAAAAGCGGGCGAAGACCUCUUUCUGCGCAUUUCAGAGACAUCUUCUGAGGAAGAGAAUGAGGAUGCGCCUUAUAUCAUUGAGCCACCAGAUCAUUCGUCACCGGCUAAGCGCAAAAUUCUACGCCCUUCUACUUCCAUGGUAUUACCGUCCUCAAGAAGUAAACGUCAGAAGCUAGACGUCUUGGCCGACACAGUGGAGUACAAUGGCAAAAGUCAGACGUCAGAGAUCACAAGACGAUCUCGUGGCGCCAGUGCCGGGCCAUCGUCCGGCAUCAGGAGCAGAGCUACUAGCGUCGCUCCUUCAGAGAGCGAAUCAGUUGCCCUUCCUGAAGCAGAGGAAGCCCCAACCAAGCGUCCGCUGCGCACGUCAGUCAGCUCCAGGAGCCUUCGCCAACCUCCCUCACGGGUCGUCGUGAAGACUUCAGAGGAAGAGGAGCGAACAGCAAAGCCAACCAGCAAACCGCCUGUCUCUGGAUUGAGAAGAGCCGGCAAAGCAGUAAACGGCGCAAAAGCGGGUAGCGCAACAGGUUCCAAAAGCAGAAGUCUGCGCAAAUGAGUGGCUUUGGAUACAGCAAGCGCAAUUGCAAGCAACAUCGCAUACAUUGUAUUGAUACAAACGUAGAACGUCCCUGGUGUCCUUUGUCAUAUGAAGCAUUUUGACGUCUCCACACAAUCUUUUUUCGCGCAUCAAGGGAUGACCUUUCCCGC